AUGGAUCACGUACAAGCAAUCGUAGAGCCUUCAAAAAAGUUUGCCAAGGACAGCAUCCGGCUGGUUAAGAAGUGCACAAAGCCCGACAGAAAAGGUAAGGGUUUAAAGUUAUAUUUUGUGAGGUUUAGGUUAUAAUAAAAAAUCAGAUUAUGAAUGUACAUUUAGGUGAAUAUGUGCGUUGUUUUUACUGUUAAGUACAUAUGAGAUGAGUAAACUACGGAUGUUUAAGGUUUUUUUUGUUUUCAAAAGUUUAUAUUAUAUUGGAGAGUUCUUUAUGUUAAUAUAAGUAAUUAAACUGACAAGGACUUGUAGAGAUAUUUUAUAAGCUUUAUUUUACGAAGUUUACAAUAUUUUAGAACUUUUAUGAGUUAUAGUAUUUAUAUUUUUAUGUUUUAGUAAAAUGUUUAAUUUGUAAUUUCAAAAAAAAUCAAAAUUAUUCGUAGUUAUUUUUGUGAAUAAUAAAAUAUUUAGUCUAAGAACAGUUUUAAAGCAGUUUUGUUGGAAAAUGGUUUUAAAUUGGAUUGUCGAACUUUUUUGUUAUGACAUGUUGUGAACGAGCUAGAUAAGGGGUUCUUUACCGCUUUUUAUGAGGGCGUUACUGUUCGACUUGUUACUGAUUGUUUCUUUUGCAGAAUACCAGAAGAUUGCAGUGGCAACAGCAAUCGGUUUUGCUAUCAUGGGAUUCAUUGGCUUCUUCGUGAAGUUGAUUCACAUUCCAAUUAACAACAUCAUCGUGGGCGGAAGCUAA